AUGGACGUGGCCGUAUCUCCUCAGCCCCCGGGCACGCCUGUCAACGGCAACGGCAACGGCAACGGCGCCAACGGCAUCAACGGCGUCAGUACCGCCGCCCCUCUUGUUGCCAUGGAUGCCGCCCGCGUCGUUGACCAUCUGGCACAUCUGCUGGAGGCCGCCCUUGGCGCAACACGCGACGAGCUCGAAGCUACUGGCAGCCUCCUGUCAAAGGCACGGUAUAACGACACACUACAGCGAUGCAGUCGCUUCGCCAACGACAGCAUCGUGUGUCUGUACAUACAAAAGGACCUUCCCGCCUCCCCUCAACUUGAAAAUGGCGACGUGGAUUCGGGCCCAUCACAACACACAUAUACUAUCGCAUCCGACCUGUCCUCAGCAGCCACCACCGUUGCGUUCCUGGUCCUCCUGAAGCGCCCCCAACCCCUCGACCCAUCCACGCCCCUCGCCUCACAGCUCCAGGUGCUGAACCUCCCCGGCCCAGCAUACCUUGCUGCCACUGCUGGCGAGCAGGGCCCGGCUGCUUCGCCAUUUGAAUACCUACAACUCUUCUUGCACAACGGUCUGGCGCCAUACUUCGAUGCGAGCACCAAGAGUCAGCAGAUGAUCGGCGGCGUCCGCGGCAGGGCUGACGUCGACGCUAAGACUGGAAUACCAGUGACGAAGAAGAGGUGGACAGAGCUGGAACUGAGCUUGUCACAUCUGCAGCAGAAUGUCGAGAUCCCCGAAGUUCUCCUGCCGUUCCACCCGACGGUACAGAAUGCCCUCGACGAUGCUGCAUCGCGCCAGGUCAAGCCCUCCCUCGACUUGAUACCGCCCGCGCUGCUCCAGGACAGCACCUUCCUGAACCAGCUGCAGACGAAUGUGAAUAAUUGGAUCAAAUCUAUUCAAGCUAUCACCAAGAUGAACCGUGACCCAACCACCGGUACGGCGAACCAGGAGAUCAACUUUUGGUUGUCCAUGGAGGCCGCCCUUGGUGGCAUCGAGACACAGCUUGGAAGCGACGGUGUGCGUCUGACGCUGGAGAUAUUGAAGCACGCAAAGCGUUUCCAGGCAACUGUCAGUUUUGGAGCAGACACGGGCCUGAAGGAAGCCAUGGACACAGUUCAAAAGUACAACCAGCUGAUGCGUGACUUCCCCUUGGACGAGCUUCUCUCAGCGACCUCAUUGCCCAAGGUCCGGGAUGCCAUUGACCAGAUAUUCACACAUCUGAACAAGAAGCUCCGGAUCUGCCCUUACCCCAUUCGACGAGCCUUGCCUUUAGUCGAGGCCUUCUCAGCCGAUCUAGAUGAGGUUCUGCACCGCCUUCUCCCGGGGACAGAGUUAGUCGAUCUCGAUUAUCAGGAGUUUAGCAACGUCAUGCGUCUGACGGACAAUGUCUUCAAGGCUUGGGACGAUAAUAAAAAGGCUUUCACAGAUGUCGCCCGUGAUGUCACCAGACGGAGGAACGAGAAGUUCAUUCCUAUCAAGAUCAACCCCAAACACACCGAGCUGCAAUCUCGGCUGAAGUAUGUCAGCAACUUCCGCGACAAUCACGAGCAGCUGCAGAGGACAAUCGUCAACGUUCUCGGCCCAAAGGCCACCGUGACCGAGCUCGUGGAUGGCGCAAACACAGAAGGCGUCGUUGUUGAGGAGAUGGGCGACGUUGAUGCUGUGGAGGAGGUCAAGCAGGCCUGGGAAGCGCUGAGGAACGUGGACCUACUCGAUGUUUCCACCGAAGGCACUCAGCGAUGGGUGAAGGCCGAAGAGACUUACAAUGAACGAACUUCCCGCGUUGAGAACUCCAUCAUCGCCCGCCUGCGAGAUCGCCUUGCUACAGCCAAGAAUGCGAACGAAAUGUUCCGCGUCUUCUCCAAGUUUAACGCGCUUUUCGUGCGACCCAAGAUUCGAGGUGCUAUCGCAGAGUACCAAACCCAGCUCAUUGACAACGUGAAGCUGGCCAUUAACUCGCUCCAUGAGCGCUUCAAACAGCAGUAUGGCCAUUCCGAGGCGCACGCCAUGGCUCAGCUCCAUGAUCUCCCUCCCGUCUCUGGAGCUAUCAUAUGGGCGCGUCAGAUCGAGCGGCAGCUCGAUGGGUACAUGAAGAAAGUUGAGGAUGUUCUCGGAUCCGAAUGGGCACUUCACACCGAAGGACAGAAGCUCAAGAACGACAGCGAGCUGUUCCGGAAGAAGCUCAACACCCGGCCGAUUUACGAAGCUUGGCUUCACGAUGUGCAGAGGAAGAACAUCACCAUCUCGGGCCUCAUCUUCGCCAUCAGCAAGAUCCGAGCUGCUGGAAACGUCCUAGAGCUUCAGAUCAACUUCGACGGCCAGGUGAUUGCCCUGUUUAAAGAGGUCCGGAACCUCAUGUGGCUGAAUUAUAGUGUACCCCACGCCGUAAACAGUGUGUCCAAGGAAGCCAAGAGAGUCUAUCCUUUCGCUGUGAGCCUCAUGGAGAGCGUCAGGACCUACGCGCAGACUGAUCGCCAGAUCGCGGAUAUGCCGGACGUCUCCGUGUUGCUUGGUGGUCUUCGGAACGAAGUUCAGGAACUUGUCCGCAGGGGUGUGCCGCUCAGAUGGGAGUCUUUUAACAACAUGUACGAAUUACAUUUCAGAGGGGACUCGUCAAAGGGUGAAAGCAAGCAUGUCACUUUCGUCAAAGAGUUCUCUGUGGCAGUGUCACAGCUCCAGUUCAAGACCAUGACGUUGGCCUCCAUCAACGCAACCAUCCAGAAGGCUCUUGUUGAGCUCGGUUCUUGCCCGUACGAAGCCUCUGAAUUUGAUUCACGACUCGGGAUCAUUCAGGAUGCGGUGGACCAAUUGAACCUGGAACAAUACGUGAAUCUUGGCUACUGGGUCGACGGAAUGAAUUCUCAUAUCAAGGAAGUCCUGCUUAUUCGCCUACAACGCGCAAUGUCGGCUUGGGUAGAGGCUUUCGAGGAUGACCAUUUCGAGGGCGACGAUUCGCGUCGGAGGGCACACGGAGAUGGUGCUGUGAACAGCAAGUCUGACAAACCAGUCAUGAAGCAGCUGAUUCACGAAAUCACGAUGAGAAACCAGGUCAUCUAUCUCGACCCUCCUUUGGAAUUUGCACGCGCUAGCUGGUUCCUGCAGCUCCAAGAUUGGCUUGGUGUUGUGUGCAACCUGAAGAAGAUCAAGGCAGCUCGUUAUCAAAUGAGCCUGAGUUUGAACACGACGGCCCAAGACGAGCCCCGCUUCAAUGACCUCCCCGCUGAGUGCACCGAGAUGCUCAUUCGCGUGCAUGGCUCUGUUGAUAAGAAGCUUCAGGAAAUCGGCGCUUACGUUGACAAGUGGCUGCAAUUUCAGUCCUUGUGGGACUUGCAGUCAGACCAAGUCUACGAAAUACUCGGUGACCAACUUUCAAGAUGGCUGCAACUCUUGCAGGAGCUCCGCAAAACACGGUCGACCUUUGACACAUCGGAGAUAAGCCGCUCAUUCGGUCAUGUCACCAUCGACUAUGAUCAGGUGCAGACCAAGGUCAAUGCCAAGUACGAUCAAUGGCAGCAUGACAUUCUGCUCAAGUUUGCCAGUCGUCUCGGAAACCGCAUGCGAGAAGUCCAUGCUGAGAUUGAGAAGGCCCGGCGAGAUUUGGAAAGCCACAGCCUGGAAGCAUCAUCCACUGCGCAAGCUGUCCAGUUCAUCACCAUUGUGCAAAGUGCUAAGCGGCAGGUCAAGCUUUGGGCACCGGAGGUGGAGAUCUUCCGCCAAGGCGAGUCUACCCUUGUGAGGCAGCGUUACCAGUUCCCCAAUGACUGGCUACAUGCGGAACAGGUGGACGGCAUGUGGGAUGCAUUGAACGAGCUUCUAGCACGCAAGUCGAAGAUUGUCCAGGACCAGACGGACGCCUUGCGAGCAAAGAUUGUGGCGGAGGACAAGGUCGUUGCCGAUAAAAUCACCGAAGUGGCACAGCAGUGGAAUGAGGAGAAGCCGGUUUCUGGUACUAUACCUCCUGACGAGGCCAAUGCCACGCUGAGCUCCUUCGAGAUGAGGAUUACCCAGCUUCAAGAAGAGUUUGCCAUGGUCUCCAAGGCGAAGGAAGCCCUCGACCUUCCUGCGUCCGCUGAUUCGUCUCUGGGUGUGAUUUUGGAAGAGGUUCAAGACUUCAAAUCCGUCUGGGCUUCACUUUCUCUGAUUUGGAAGAGUCUGAACGAGCUGCGCGAGAUGCUAUGGACCAGUGUACAGCCAAGAAAGAUCCGGUCAUCAAUUGAUGGUCUCAUUAAGAUGACGAAGGAGAUGCCCAGCAGGAUGCGGCAAUACGCUGCAUUUGAGCACAUCCAAAACAUUCUCCGGCAGUACUUGAAAGUCAACUCCCUGCUGGGAGAUCUCAAGUCAGAGGCUGUGCGAGACCGGCAUUGGACCAAAAUCUGGAAGCAGAUCAAGCCUGGAAAACGGUAUUCUCCCGUGUCCAUGACGUUGGGAGAUGUCUGGGACCUAAAUCUAGUGGCCACCGAAGUCAUCAUCAAGGAUGUGAUUGCCCAAGCACAGGGUGAGAUGGCCCUUGAAGAGUUCCUGAGACAGGUGAAGGAGGACUGGACGAACUAUCACCUCGAACUCGUCAAUUACCAGAACAAAUGCCGUCUCAUUCGCGGUUGGGAUGAGCUCUUCGCAAAGUGCAGUGAAAAUCUCAAUUCGCUGCAGGCAAUGAAGCACUCCCCUUACUACAAGGAGUUUGAGGAGGAAGCCUCCACCUGGGAGGAUAGGUUGAACCGUGUGCAUGUCCUUUUCGACGUCUGGAUUGAUGUUCAACGCCAAUGGGUCUACCUCGAGGGUGUCUUCACUGGCAACGCGGAUAUCAAGCACCUGCUUCCGAUCGAGUCUUCGAGGUUCCAGAACAUCAACAGCGAGUUCUCAGCGGUGAUGAAAAAGGUCUACAAACAACCCACUGUCCUUGACGUACUCAAUAUCCCAAAUGUGCAGAAGUCUUUGGAGCGAUUGGCAGAGCUGCUCAACAAGAUUCAGAAAGCGCUGGGCGAGUAUCUCGAGAAGGAGCGUGUCUCCUUCCCUCGGUUCUACUUCGUCGGCGACGAAGACCUUCUGGAAAUGAUCGGCAACAGUAACGACACUUUGCGUAUUGCCAAGCACUUCAAGAAGAUGUUUGCUGGUCUCUCUGGCCUGGUCAUGGACGAAGAGGGUGUGAUUUCUGGCUUCACCUCCAAGGAGGGCGAGAUUGUACGACUCAAGAAAGAAAUAUCGGUCAUCAAGACUCCCAAGAUUAAUGACUGGCUCGCACUUCUGGAAAGCGGAAUGAAGGCAACGCUUGCCGAGUUACUGGCCGAGGCUGUCGAGCAGUACACGCCCAUUUUCUCCAACGAGAAGAUCGAACAAGAAGCCCUCAGCGAGUUCAUGGCAGCUUAUCCGAGUCAGAUCGUGGUCUUGGCAACUCAGGUUGUCUGGACCACUGCUAUUGACAAAGCACUCAACGAUGGUGGCACAGGCCUUCAAUCUCUGUUUGAGCGGGAGGUUCAGGUGCUUCGCCUUCUCGCGGAAACGGUCUUGGGUGACCUGGAGGUGCUGAUGAGGAAGAAGUGUGAACAGCUCAUCACCGAAUGCGUCCACCAGCGAGAUGUCAUUGAGAAGCUCGUAAACCUCAAUGCCACGACUCCGACCCAUUACAUGUGGCUACUUCAGAUGCGCUAUGUCUACACUCCUCAGGGUGAAUUCCUAGACCGCAUCCAUGUCAAGAUGGCGAACGCGAAGCUCAACUACGGCUUCGAGUACCUGGGUGUACCUGACAGGCUUGUCCGAACGCCGCUCACCGACAGGUGCUUCCUCACUCUUACACAAGGACUGUGCCAGCGUCUAGGAGGAUCGCCUUACGGACCUGCGGGUACCGGAAAAACAGAGUCUGUCAAGGCCCUUGGUGUCGAACUCGGCAGAUUCACUCUUGUUUUCUGCUGUGAUGACACCUUCGAUUUCCAGGCCAUGGGGCGUAUUUUCCUCGGUAUCUGUCAAGUUGGUGCCUGGGGUUGUUUCGACGAGUUCAACCGUCUUGAGGAGCGGAUUUUGUCCGCUGUUUCCCAGCAGAUUCAAAACAUCCAGCUUGGUCUGAAACAAGGCGCUGAGGACGACAAGGCUCAAAUCGAGCUUGUGGGUCGCCAGCUUCACGUCAAUGAAGACACGGGCAUCUUCAUCACAAUGAACCCCGGCUAUGCUGGUCGGUCCAAUCUGCCAGACAACCUCAAGAAGCUCUUCCGCAGUGUGGCCAUGUCGAAGCCUGACAAGGAGCUCAUUGCCGAAGUCAUGCUGUACUCUCAAGGCUUUAAUCAGGCUAAGCAACUGUCAAAGCAAACAGUACCUUUCUUCGACCAAUGUUCAGCCAAGCUAUCGAAACAAGCUCACUACGACUUCGGUCUUCGUGCUCUGAAGAGCGUGCUAGUAAGCUCCGGUGGACUGAAACGGGCCCGUCUCAUCGAGAGUGGAGGCGACCUUGGCGCAGAAGAAGUGGUCGAGCCGGAGAUUAUUGUACAAAGCAUCCGUGAGACCAUUGCGCCCAAGCUGAUUAAGCCUGAUGUGGACAUCAUGAUGGAUGUCGAACAGGUCUGCUUCCCUGGGGUGAAGUACAUCCCUGCCAACCUGCACAGUCUCGAGGAGGCGAUCCGCCGCCUGGCAGACGAAAGACAACUUGUUGUCAACGAAACGUGGAUGACAAAAAUCCUCCAGCUCUAUCAAAUUCAGAAGAUCCAUCACGGUGUCAUGAUGGUCGGAAAUUCUGGAUCAGGAAAGUCAGCUGCCUGGAGGUUGCUUCUUGACGCACUUCAACAAGUCGAGAGUGUCGAGGGUGUCUCCCAUGUCAUUGACUCAAAAGUCAUGUCCAAGGAGGCACUGUACGGAAAUCUCGAUUCCACCACCCGAGAAUGGACGGAUGGUCUCUUCACGAGCAUUCUUCGGAAAAUUGUGGACAACCUACGUGGUGAGGAUACCAAGCGCCACUGGAUUGUCUUCGAUGGCGAUGUCGACCCUGAGUGGGUUGAAAACCUGAACAGUGUGCUCGAUGACAACAAGCUGCUCACUCUUCCUAAUGGCGAGCGUCUCAAUUUGCCGCCUAAUGUCCGCAUCAUGUUCGAAGUGGAAACACUGAAGUACGCCACUCUCGCAACAGUCAGUAGGUGCGGUAUGGUCUGGUUCAGCGAAGACACUGUCACACCUAGCAUGAUGGUGACCAACUACCUGGAGACACUGCGCACAGUCGCAUUCGAGGACCUAGACGAGGAUGCCGUGGCCACUGGGCAGAGCUCUGCAAAGGCCCUGGCAGUGCAGACACACGCUGCUGAUCUCCUGCGUUCGCAUCUCGAGUCUGAGGGCUUCAUCCUGGCCGCUUUGCAGCAAGCAGAGAGCUAUAACCACAUUAUGGAGUUUACAGUGGCCAGAGUGCUCAACACCCUCUUCUCGCUGCUCAAUAAGGCCGUACGCGACAUCAUCGAGUACAACUCCCAGCACGUCGACUUUCCUCUGGAUCCAGAGCAGGUCGAAGGCUUCGUAGCCAAGAAGCUUCUGCUUGCUCUGGUUUGGUCUUUUACCGGCGACUGUCCUCUAAGUGACCGCAAGGCAUUCGGCGACAGCCUGUGUGGUCUCGCGGAUUUCGGGUCACCGCCUCUGGAUGGCUCCAGCGCCCUGAUUGACUUCGACGUCUCCCUCCCACAAGCUGAAUGGACGCCUUGGCAGAACCAGGUGCCGACGAUCGAAGUCAACACGCACUCCAUCACCCAGACUGAUGUUGUCAUUCCAACUCUGGACACCGUUCGUCACGAAGAUGUCUUGUACUCAUGGUUGGCUGAACAUAAGCCGCUUCUUCUGUGCGGACCGCCAGGCUCUGGUAAAACGAUGACACUCUUCAGUGCGUUGCGCAAGCUCCCGAACAUGGAGGUCGUUGGCCUUAACUUCUCGAGUGCUACCACGCCUGACCUCCUCAUCAAGACAUUUGAGCAGUACUGUGAGUACAAGAAGACGCUGAAUGGAGUGACGCUGUCUCCAACUCAGAUUGGGCGUUGGCUCGUUAUCUUCUGUGACGAGAUCAAUUUGCCCGCUCCGGACAGGUACGGCACGCAGAGAGCCAUAUCCUUCAUCCGUCAGCUAGUCGAACAUAAUGGCUUCUGGAGAACUUCCGACAAGUCGUGGGUGACCCUCGACAGGAUCCAGUUCGUGGGCGCCUGUAAUCCGCCCACAGAUGCUGGACGUACGCCCAUGGCUGCACGUUUCCUCCGCCAUGCUCCUCUCAUCAUGGUUGACUAUCCAGGGGAGCAAUCUCUUCAUCAAAUCUACGGAACAUUCAAUGCUGCCGUGCUCAAGAUUAUCCCCUCUCUCCGCGGCUAUGCAGAGGCGCUCACUCAGUCCAUGGUCCGGUUCUUCCUCGAGUCUCAGCAACGAUUCACGACUAAGAUCCAGCCUCAUUACGUGUACAGUCCUCGUGAGUUGACUCGCUGGGUCCGCGGUGUCUACGAAGCAAUCCGACCUCUCGAGACUUUGUCGGUUGAAGGCUUGGUAAGAAUCUGGGCACAUGAGGCUCUACGUCUGUUCCAGGAUCGUCUUGUUGCCGAGGAUGAGCGCAAGUGGACAGAUGACGCUGUGCGCAGAAUUGCCAUGGACUUCUUCCCAACUAUCGACGAACAGCAGGCACUCGGUGGCCCAAUCCUCUACUCCAACUGGCUGUCUAAGAACUACGUCCCGGUCGACCGGGAACAACUCCGUGAUUUCGUCAAGGCUCGUCUCAAGACCUUCUGCGAGGAGGAAGUUGACGUGCCCCUUAUCUUAUUCAACGAUGUCCUGGAGCACGUCCUCCGCAUUGAUCGUGUCUUCCGGCAGCCCCAGGGUCAUCUUAUCCUCAUUGGAGUCAGCGGCUCAGGAAAGACAACACUCUCACGCUUCGUCGCCUGGAUGAACGGUCUAAAGGUCUACCAAAUCAAGGUGCACGGCAAGUAUUCGGCCGAGGACUUCGACGAGGACCUGAGAGAAGUCUUGCGGCGUUGUGGCUGCAAGGGCGAGAAAAUGUGCUUCAUUAUGGACGAAUCAAACGUUCUUGACUCCGGUUUCCUCGAGAGAAUGAACACGUUGCUCGCCAAUGCUGAGGUACCUGGCCUCUUCGAAGGUGACGAUUUCGCAGCCUUGAUGACGGCUUGCAAGGAAGGCGCACAACGUCAAGGGUUGCUCCUCGAUUCCCAGGAGGAGCUGUACAAGUGGUUCACGUCGCAAAUUGUCAAAAACUUGCACGUCGUGUUCACCAUGAACCCACCAGAAGACGGACUCUCUUCGAAGGCCGCCACUAGUCCUGCCUUGUUCAAUCGUUGUGUCCUCAACUGGUUCGGAGACUGGUCGGAUCAAGCAUUGUUCCAGGUUGCUCACGAGUUGACGCAUUCUGUGGAUCUCGACCGCGCGAACUUUCAAGCACCGGACUCUAUCCCCAUCGCCUACCGUGGCCUCAGCCUGCCGCCUUCACACAGAGAAUCUGUUGUCAACUCUAUGGUCUACAUUCACUACUCUCUCCAGCGCUUCAAUAUCAAGCUACAAAAGCAGCAAGGGAAGGUCACCUUUUUGACACCCCGUCACUUCUUGGAUUUCGUAGCACAAUAUGUCAAGCUGUACAAUGAAAAGCGCGAGGACCUCGAGGAACAGCAGCGACAUCUUAACGUGGGUCUUGAGAAACUGAGGGACACCGUGGACAAGGUCAGAGAUCUUCGCGAGAGUCUUGCUGAGAAGAAGGCCCAGCUGGAGCAGAAAGACAUUGAGGCAAAUGAGAAGCUGCAGCGCAUGGUCGCCGAUCAAAGGGAGGCUGAGCAGCGCAAGGCCACGUCUCUCGAAGUCCAAGCAGCGCUCGAGAAGCAAGAAGCUGAGGUCGCAACGAGGAAGAAGGUUGUGUUGGAAGAUCUGGCAAAGGCAGAGCCCGCAGUCGAGGAAGCCAAAGCCAGCGUCAGCAACAUCAAGCGUCAACACCUGACUGAAGUUCGAUCCAUGAACACCCCGCCGCAGGGCGUCAAGCUUGCACUGGAUUCCGUCUGCACGCUGAUCGGCCACAAAGUCAACGAUUGGAAGGCCGUUCAGGCCGUUGUGCGACGGGACGACUUUAUUGCGAGCAUCAUCAACUUCAACAACGAGAAGCAAAUGACUAAGAACCUCCGUGUCAAGAUGAGGAACGAAUUCUUAUCCAACCCUGAAUUCACGUUUGAGAGGGUCAACCGUGCCAGUAAGGCUUGUGGUCCUCUAGUUCAGUGGGUGGAGGCGCAGGUAAAUUUUGCCGAAAUCCUCGACCGAGUUGGUCCCCUGAGGGCGGAAGUCGAGCAGCUGGAAGAGCAGGCUCUGCAGACCAAGGCUGAAGCCAAAGCGAUCGAGAGCAACAUUGCCCACUUGGAACAGAGCAUCGCCACGUACAAGACAGAGUAUGCGGCGCUGAUCAGCGAGACGCAGGCUAUCAAGUCUGAAAUGUCCAAGGUUCAAUUCAAGGUCGACCGAAGCGUCAAACUGCUCGACAGCCUUUCUUCUGAGCGCGUGCGUUGGGAGGAGGGCAGCAAGUCCUUCGAGACACAGAUCAGCACACUGGUAGGAGACGUGCUUGUUGCCGCUGCUUUCCUUGCCUACAGCGGUCUGUACGACCAGACCUUCCGAAAGUCCAUGAUGGAGGACUGGCUACACCAGCUGCACCUGUCUGGCAUUCAGUUCAAGCCACACAACCCCAUGACCGAGUACUUGUCCACUGCCGAUGAGCGUCUCGGGUGGCACGAAAACAGCCUGCCUGUGGAUGACUUGUGCACCGAGAACGCUAUCAUCCUGAAACGCUUCAAUAGGUACCCCUUGAUCAUCGAUCCUUCGGGCAGAGUCAACGAAUUCCUCCAAAAGGAGUGCAAGGAGCGACGCUUGACCAUCACCAGUUUCUUGGAUGAUUCUUUCACCAAGCAGCUUGAGAGCUCUCUCCGUUUCGGCAACCCCAUUCUCAUCCAGGAUGCGGAGCAUCUCGACCCCAUCCUCAAUCACGUGCUCAACAAAGAGUACCAGAAGACGGGUGGGCGUGUGCUUAUCCAGCUUGGAAAGCAGCAAAUCGACUUCUCGCCGGCGUUCAAGCUCUACUUGUCUACUAGGGACCCGUCUGCCACCUUUGCACCGGACAUCUGCAGUCGAACCACGUUUGUGAACUUCACUGUCACACAGAGCAGUCUCCAGACACAGUCGCUGAACGAUGCGCUGAAGUCUGAGCGGCCAGAUGUUGAUGAGAGGCGGUCGAACCUCAUCAAACUUCAGGGCGAGUUCAAGGUUCACUUGCGACAGCUUGAGAAGCGCCUGUUGCAGGCACUCAACGAGUCCCGCGGCAACAUUUUGGAUGACGACAACGUCAUUGAAACGUUGGAGACUCUGAAGACCGAGGCUGCCGAGAUAUCGGCCAAGAUGAACAACACCGAAGGCGUCAUGGCGGAGGUCGAGCAGAUCACUCUCGAGUACGAUGUCAUUGCCAAGUCCUGCAGUGCCGUGUACGCUGUCCUUGAACAGCUGCACUACCUGAACCACUUCUACCAGUUCUCUCUUCAGUACUUCCUCGACAUCUUCCACGGUGUGCUUCAUGGUAAUCCGAACUUGGCAAACGAGACGAAUCACAAGGUGCGCCGGGACAUCAUAGUCAGGGAUCUGUUCAUCGCCGCAUUCAAGAGGACUGCUCUUGGUUUACUCCAGAAAGACCGCAUUACCCUCGCAAUGCUCCUCGCGCAGGCAUCUCCAUACAAAAUGGACAGCAACCUCAUUGACAACAUCCUGGACGAAAGGAUCGAGGGCAAGGACGUCUCAACCGAUGUGGAUGCCAAGGACGAGGCAUUUGCGCGGGCUAGAAAACUGCCCAGUCUCAAGGAGAGACUUGAUCAGGUCUCUUCCAGCGACUGGGAGGAAUUCUUCACCCAAGAGCUAGCCGAAAACUUCGUUCCCAAAAUUUGGGAUGACAGCACGGAUGACAACGACAAGGCUCUCAUAUCACUGCUGCUCGUGAAGCUUUUCCGUCUUGACCGUUUUGUGCCUGCGGCGGAGCGAUUCGUGGCCCUUGUCUUCGGACCUGAGCUGUUCGAUAUCGUGGAAGAUCUCAAGGCUACUGUCACCCAAGUACCAGCGACUCGUCCUAUUGCUCUGGUGUCUAGUCCCGGCUUCGACGCCAGUUACAAGGUCGACAGCCUGGUGGAGAGAACACGGGUUAGGUGCACGAAUAUUGCCAUGGGCUCCAACGAAGGGGUUGCGACCGCCGACAAAGCAAUCAGUAACGCGGCACAGCUUGGUUCUUGGGUCCUGGUCAAGAACGUUCACCUCGCACCAACUUGGCUGCAGAGCCUCGAGAAGCGCAUGGAAUCACUCAACCCCAACCCGGAGUUCAGGCUCUUCCUUUCUAUGGAAGCGAGCCCCAAGAUUCCUGUCAACCUGCUCCGCGCCUCUCGCGUGCUCAUGUACGAGCAACCUGCUGGUGUGAGGGCCAACAUGAAAGACUCGAUGUCCUCGCUUUCUUCGAGACCCGCCAAGAGCCCUGUUGAGCGGCAGAGGCUUUAUCUCUUGCUUUCUUUCUUGCAUGCAGUCGUCCAGGAGCGUCUCCGUUACGCGCCUAGUCUUGGUUGGAAGGGCUUCUGGGAGUUCAAUGACAGUGACUACGAGUGCUCGGCUUUUGUGAUCGAUACGUGGGUUGAAACAGUCGCACAAAACCGGACCAACAUCGCACCCCAGAAUAUUCCUUGGGAAAUGAUCCGGUACCUUGUUACAGAAACAUACGGCGGCAAGAUUGACGACGAGGGCGAUUACAAGCUCCUUACAGAGCUCGUCCACUCCUUCCUGACACCCGCGGCCUAUGACAUUGGCCACAAAUUGGUGGAAGGCGGCGACAAGGAGGGCAACUUGGAGGUGCCGUCGGGCACUUCCAUGCAGGACUUCAUGGGAUGGAUCCACAAGCUACCUGAGCGCGAGCCGCCUACAUACCUAGGCUUGCCGGCCAAUGCGGAAAAGCUAUUGCUUGUCGGGCUUGGACAGAGCAUGAUUCAGAAUUUGAGGAAGGUCACCGAUUUGCUCGACGAGGGUGAGCAACUAGUGACCGAAGCCGCACAAGCUGCGUGA